AUGUCUUUGGAUUUGGUAACAGAACUCUUUGGACACAACGACAGGGUUUGGUGCGUGCGAUGGCAUCCGAGUGGACACACUCUGGCCUCUUGUGGCGCCGAUAAGACCAUCAGAUUGUGGGCCAAAAGUCUGUUCGUGCCUUCAGUGCAAUCAUCGAUCCCUUCGGAAACACCGGUUGAACCGGCGGUCGAGCCCUCCACUCCUGAGAACACCAUUUGA